CCGUCCAGUGGACUCCGGCGGCCGGCGGGGUUAUAACUCGCAACGACUCACUACUGCCACAUUGCGUGAUUGCUUCGCUCGCGUCCAUGGAAAUGGUAGAGUGCUCCCUAGGCGCCACCCGCACCCCGCGGCGUAUGCUACCCAGAACCCCAACGGGGGCAGUUCUUGGCGCCGGGAGGGCCAGCAGGCUCCGGGUGCGGUCCGAGAGGAAGGAGCGGCCUCCCCAGGCAGUCAGGGCUUCCGCGCCGCGGGAGCACGACGGAGUCAGGGCGCUGGGGAAGGCGGCGGCGGGGCUUGCGGCGGCCGCCGUGGUGUCGCUGACCGGGUUCGCUGGGGACGUCGUCGCCCCGCCGCCAGCUCGGGCCGAGUCGCUCACCGUCGCUUUCCCGGUCUCCAAGGCCCGGGAGGUGAAUAGGGUGCAGAGGACGCUGGUGGAGGCGUGGGGCCUCAUCCGGGAGACCUUCGUCGACCCCACCUUCAACCACCAAGACUGGGACCAGAAGCUUCAGCAGACGAUGGUGGAGAUGUUCCCUCUGAAGUCGGCCGACGCUGCCUACGGCAAGAUCAGCGGGAUGGUCUCCACGCUCGGCGACCCUUUCACAAAGAUCAUCAGCCCCAAGGAGUACCAGAGCUUCAGGAUCGGCAGCGACGGGAACCUUCAAGGGGUCGGCAUUUUCAUAAACACGGAACCAGGCUCCGGUCGCUUGCUUGUCAUGAACUGCGUUCAGGGAGGCCCGGCGGAUCGGGCAGGCAUACGUGAAGGCGACGAGCUAGUUGAGAUCGACGGGAAUAGUGUUUUGGGGCUGGACGGCGAAGCUGUGGCUCAGAGACUUCGAGGUCGUGCUGGAACGAUAGUGCAAGUGAAACUAUUGGAUGGUACUGGAAAUGAAAGCAGUGGGAGGAUAAAGCCAAAAGAGGUCCAGCUAUCUCGUGAGGUUAUCAAUCUUUCACCUCUAUCAACUGCAAUCAUCUCUCAUAGGAUGGGUGGUGGCCUUGAGGGCAAGACUGGGUAUGUUAGGUUAGCUGCCUUUUCUCAGACUGCAGCUGCUGAAAUGGAAAGUGCCGUCAAAAAGAUGGAGGAUGAAGGUGUUCAAUCAUAUAUUUUAGAUCUGAGAAAUAAUCCGGGUGGUUUGGUAAAAGCUGGUCUUGAUGUGGCUCAAAUAUGGUUAGAUGGAGAUGAGACUCUUGUGAACACCGUUGACCGUGAGGGGAAUGUGCGGGCGAUAAAUAUGGUCCAGGGACAAUCCUUAACACACGAUCCUCUCGUGGUGCUUGUGAACGAAGAAAGUGCAAGUGCAAGCGAAAUCUUGGCUGGUGCACUGCAUGACAACGGCCGUGCGAUCCUGGUAGGCCACAAAACCUUCGGGAAAGGAAGAAUACAGAGUGUAACAGAGCUGGAUGACGGCUCGGCCCUGUUCAUCACCGUCGCCAAGUACCUCUCUCCAGCGCUGCACGAGAUCGACCACAUCGGGAUCCAGCCUGACAUCCAGUGCUCCCCCGACAUGUUGUCGUCCCUGCCGAGAGCGCCUCCACUCAGCAGUGAGGGCAGCGAGGCUGUGGCGGCGGGUCUAGAGAUGGAUUCAUGUAUCAUGGUGGCGGAGCAGGCGCUGGAGAUCCAGCAGCAGUCCAAGGGGUCCGCUUCGUAGAAGGUUUACCGAUCAGGGGCUCCAGUGUGUGUAUUGCUGUAUAUAUAUAUCCUGCAAUUGGCAUUGCAGCUGUAGUAUUGACGACGGCUGAGUAGUGUGGUGGUAACAAUGUAUAGGCUGAUUUCCCUCAAAAAAAAGUAUAGGCUGAUGUUAGAUUUGUAGGAUGAUGAGGCACUGGAAUCUAGCUGCUCAGUGCUUCAUGGGUUUCGCAAAUUGUAAAAGCGUAUUGCUCUAUGUACAACACAUUGGCUACAUACCGUUGGGCGAGCUUAAAGCA